AUGGUUAAUGAGCGCAAUGACGAUGCUUUUCAAUUAGUUAAAUAUAAUUCACGCCGGCAACGUACGAAAGCUCAAUUACAUGUCAAUAGUAAGCCAGUAAUUGUUGAAUGUGACUCUGUCGAUGAAAUUCUUGAUAAAAUAAACAGUGCUUUGUUGAAAUUUAAAGAAUCGCAGUUUCAUCAAACGUUAAUUAACGAAGUGAAAAAGAUUUUGAUAACUUUGAAUUCGACUGGUAACAGUUGGUCAGAACUGGAAUGCCACACGACAAAUACUUUACUUAAGCAGACUGCGUAUUAUAUAUACAAGCUAAAACCGUACGUUACUGAAAUUGUAUUAAGGAAUAAUUUUGAAUAUACAAAUAUAUUUAAUGGAACUUCUUUACAUAUAUUUUUAAAAGACAAAUUGGGUAAGAUUCCUGUAGAUUUCUGGGACAAAACGACAUCCUUACUGUGCGGUGACAACGAUCCUGAAUUUAUCGACAGUCCUUAUAAUUUUCAAGAAGAAAAAUGAAAAGCAAUCUCUCCUUAUUGCGUUUAUUAGCAAGUGAAAUACGCAAGACGUCGUCGCAAAGUCAACUAAAAAAUAAUAUAACCA